AUGGGGCAUGGGGACGAGAUUGUAUUAGCGGACGCAAAUUUUCCAAGCGAGUCAAUUGCUCGAGCAAAUGGAGCCGAAUUAAUAUGUUGCGAUGGAGUUAAUAUUCCCAAAUUAUUAAAACAUGUCUUACGUUUAUUUCCUUUGGACGCGUACGUCAAACAACCAGUUGCUCUAAUGGAUUUAGUUCAGGACGAUAAAAAUAAGCGUUUAGAAGUUCCAAUUUGGCAAGAAUAUCAAACCAUCGUUAAUGAGAGUGAAAAACAUACAGUUCAAUUUGAAAUGAUGGAUAGAUUUGAAUUUUAUGAUCGAGCCAAAAAAGCAUUUGCGAUUGUUCGUACUGGUGAAGGUGCCAUUUAUGCCAACAUUAUUUUGAAAAAAGGCGUAAUUCCAAAAGCAGAAAAUAAAGAUAAGAGUACGAAUCAUACCAGUAAUGUUAAUGAAGCACCGAAAUCAUUAAUACGUUUUCGCGGUGAUUCAAUAUCAAAUAAAUAUGGUGCUAUUGAAAGAUUACGAACAGCUAUUCUGCCAGUUAUCAGUCAUGGUGUAAUAUUACAAAAGAAUGGAUUAUAUGAAACAUUAUGGCAAUUUAUUCUUAAACUAAAUUCACAUUCUGAAAAGUAUAUUAAAUUAUUACAAGAUGUUUAUAACAAAGAUAAUAUUCGAUUAUCGGUUGAAACAUGGAUUGAUCAAUCAGUUAUAAGUCAAUGUUUAUCAAUUCAAUUAUCAAAUUUAGAACAUCAUCCGGAUUUAAUUCAACAGUAUUAUAUAGGUUCGUGUUUGUUUGUAUUUUCUAAAAAUUCUGCAUAG